CUGUUCUAUUUGAGAAUGGCGCUCCUCCCUCGCCGCUUUUGCCCAUUCCUGUCGCUGGCCAUAGACUCGGGUUAAUAGAACUCCCUCGCUGCCAUUUUGACGGUUCCUCACAUGAUGACCGUGUCGACAAGGAUUUGAUGCGUCUUAAUAAUUAAACCAGCCUGUUAAUCGAAUACAUUGUUAUACCCGGGUCUCACAAAACAGGCAAACAUAGAGAUCUGCAAGUUUAUUUUCCUCGCUGCGAAUCCUGUUUGUCACUGGUGAAGGUUAGCUACAACUGUAUAGCAAGGUUAGCAAAACAUUACUGUGAAGAUGAUGAGGAAGACUGUUACGACGAAGCUUCUGGGAUCCCUGCGAGGGUUCCCAAGCCACCGAGUAAACUAUGCGGUGAAUGCUGUUGCGAGAGAAUUGAUCAAAAGUAGGGAACUGGAGAACGAUGAGUUGCGACCUCUGUACAUGGAUUUUCAAGCAACAACACCAAUGGAUCCAAGAGUUCUGGAUGCAAUGCUUCCCUAUCAAGUUAAUUAUUAUGGUAACCCUCACUCCAGAACACAUGCAUAUGGCUGGGAAAGUGAAAGUGCAAUGGAAAAAGCUAGAAAGCAAGUGGCAGACCUGAUUGCUGCAGAUCCUCGUGAGAUCGUGUUCACAAGUGGUGCCACUGAAUCCAAUAAUAUGUCAAUCAAAGGUGUGGCCCGAUUUUACAAAUCUAAGAAGAAGCAUGUGAUCACCACUCAGACGGAGCAUAAGUGUGUGCUGGACUCCUGUCGAGUCUUGGAAGCAGAGGGCUUUGACAUAACCUAUCUUCCCGUGAAGACUAAUGGCUUGGUUGACCUACAGCUACUGGAGGGAACAAUUCGUCAAGACACAAGUUUGGUGUCUGUGAUGACCGUGAACAAUGAGAUUGGUGUGAGGCAGCCUGUCGAAGACAUAGGUCGAAUCUGCCGGUCAAGGAACGUGUUCUUCCACACUGAUGCAGCUCAAGCUGUGGGAAAAAUCCCCAUCAAUGUAUCUGACUGGAAGGUAGACCUGAUGUCCAUCAGCGGGCACAAAAUAUAUGGUCCUAAAGGGGUCGGGGCACUGUAUGUGCGGCGCCGGCCCCGGGUUCGAAUGGAGCCACUGCAGAAUGGUGGAGGCCAGGAGAGGGGGCUUCGCUCAGGGACAGUGCCCACUCCUCUGGCUGUGGGACUGGGAGCAGCCUGUGAUAUAGCCCAGCAGGAGCUAGAGUAUGAUCACAGCCGGGUGUCCAUGUUGGCAAACCGCCUUGUGCGCAAAAUCAUGUCAGAGAUCCCUGAUGUUGUGAUGAAUGGUGACCCGGAGCAAAGAUACCCAGGAUGCAUUAAUUUGUCCUUUGCCUACGUGGAGGGAGAGAGUCUGUUGAUGGCCCUGAAGGAUGUCGCUCUAUCAUCUGGCAGUACAUCAUUCGCGUCGGCCUGCUCAAAGGAAAAAAAGGAUUCUGCCAAUCCGUGUGCCUGCACUUCUGCUUCAUUGGAGCCUUCAUAUGUCUUGAGAGCUAUUGGAACAGAUGAGGACCUGGCCCACUCCUCAAUCAGAUUUGGAAUCGGACGAUUUAGCACGGAGGCAGAAGUGGACUAUACAGCGGACAAGUGCAUUCAGCAGGUCAAACGCCUGAGAGAGAUGAGCCCCUUGUGGGAGAUGGUGCAAGAAGGAAUCGAUCUGAAGAGCAUCAAAUGGACGCAGCACUAAAGAAAGCCUUCAGGAAACAUACCUAAGAGCAUUGUGAAUACUAAGCUUGUUUAGUUUGCUGCAUACUAUGCCACUCCUGUGAUGAGUGGUAAUUAUUUCUACUGUCAAGAAACACGCACAACUUCCUGACUUACUUUAGUGUAGGCUUAUGACUAGAUUUUGUAUUGGUAGACCUGAAUAAUUGGUUCCUUUUGUAUUUGACAAAGUAUUAUUAUUGAUGCAUAUAUUGUGCAGUAGUUAAAGUUUGUUCAUACGCACAUCCUUAAAAAUGUAGGUGCUGGGCUAAUAAAGAAACCUUGUAAAGAACAAAGUCCCUUAAAGCAUUUAAUUGGGAGCAUAAAUUUGUGUGCAUACCUUCCUGUUCUUUACAAGUGCUCUUAACAUAAUUUAUCAGCUGCUUUGACCAUGGGAUUCCAUGACUGAGAGCAAGUUACAGAAUGGUUAAUUCAUGUAGCAUGUGCAAGAUUCCAUUUAGUUCAUGGAUAAGUCAUUAUACGUUGACAGCAUGCUAACAAGGUUAAAGUACAGGUUUCAUGUCACUAAAGGAGGAAAUUGAUUAAAUAUUUCCUUUAUCUCAAUGUGUGAAAUGUAAUGCCAAUCUUGUAGGUUAACAGUCUUCCAAUCAUGGAAAUUCUCCCCAGUUGGUUUGUAUACAGUCUCUGGCAAAAUGUGUAUUGUUUGUAUGAAUCUUGCAUGUUAUCAUUUAAACUGAUUUGAAAAUGUAUUGUGAGGGAAGUAUGCAAAACCAUUUACAUGGCCAGCUGUUUUAUGACAUCAGUAUAAUCUACCACCACCGUGACUGAACAUUUACAGUGCUUGUUGUUUCUGUUUGCUGUGCCAUCUGCUGCAUGUACAGACUCAUUACUCUUCCCAAAAUGUCUUUCCAUAAUGUCCAACAGCAAUCUAAUCUCACAUAAUACAUACAUACAUGCAUAUGUUUGUAGCUAGCACUCCAAUAAAAAUUUGAUUCGGCCUGA